UAUAAGGAGUAUUUAUUCACCAGCUAUAGUUAGUUAUGUUGCAAAGAUUGCAGGAUGAGAGAUGGUUUGAGUCACAUUGAUGGCUGUUGUGUUGAGAUGCCAGUAGAGUGCUGUGGUACAGUAUACUGGAAACACCAGGUUUUAGUGCAGCUGGUGGGUCCUUUAUGUUUCUAAAACUGCAGGGAGGGUGAUGCAACAAUGGCCUUGAGAACAGCAGGAAGUGUGUUGGUGGUCCUUCUCUUGUCUGUGGCAGGUAUGGGCUCAUUCAUUUCUUACCCUCUUUCUUUAUUGUUCAAUCAACAUACAAUCCAAGAUGCUACUUCAUGUUAUUCUGGUGUGUUCAGUGGAAUUGUCUGUUAGGCGUCUCCAUGUCACUUUAGUAGUUGUCUCUCACACCUCUCUGACACUUCUCUAUGGUUUCCAUUCACACUCAACUCAGCAACUACGGCAACACAGUGUGGACAGAAAAUCCAAGUGAUGGUGUCUCCCACCAAUGCAGUGUGGGGACAGAAGGUGACAGUAACCUGUAACACCACCUGUACUCUGACUGAUAACCACACCUACAUUUGGUACAUGAACGGACAACGUCUAUCAUCGUCAUCCAAGUCCACAUUGUCAUCUACCAGUUAUCAUUCAACCAGUUACUCCUGUGCUGUAAAAGGCUUUGAGGAUCUCCUCUCUCCUGCAACGUGUGAGUGUGGAUUCAACUACAGUACAUUUUUUGAAUCUAAGAUUACCCAAUGCAAGGAUACCACGACAGAUAACUUUAGUCAGUGCUUAUUUACAGUACCAUGAAACUAUUGUAUCCAAUUGAUGGACCUCCAAUUGUUUUAGGUGUUUUCGGUCAUUACUGUUUCAACGUGACUUACACCCAUCAGAGUAUCUGUGCUUUGAAGGGCUCAACAGUGGAACUGCCCUGCACAUAUAGACACCCAAAUAAUCACAAAGUUUUAAAAGCAAACUGGUAUAUCCAAGAGAAACGUGAUGAAGUGCUAAAAGUCCUGAACUUGGAUCGUGCUGAGUACCUAAAGACCCCCCCAAAAUACCUUGCGAUUCAAGAGAAGGACUGCACCCUGAAAAUCACAGACCUGAGAGAGAGAGAUUCAGAUGAGUACAAGUUCAGAUUUAAAACACAGUAUGCAGAAUGGGGGUACAGCUUCCCUGGAAUAACUCUGACUGUCACAGGUCUGCAGGUGAAGGUGACUCCUGCCACAGAGAAAGGGAAUCUGACACUGACCUGUAGCACCACCUGUACUCUGAAUGAGAACCCCAAACCCACCUACAUCUGGUACAAGAACGGACAACAUCUCACCAACUCAAAGACUCUAGAUAACUCCCUUAUCCUAGACCCAGUCAGCAGUGAAGAUGCAGGCAGAUACUCCUGUGCUGUAAAAGGCCACAAUAAUCUCUACACUCCUGAAGAGACUCUGACUGUAAUUUAUCCUCCAAAGAACACCUCAGUGUCAGUCAGUCCCUCUGGUGAAAUAGUGGAGGGCAGUUCAGUGACUCUGACCUGCAGCAGUGAUGCCAACCCACCUGUGGACAAAUACACCUGGUACUUUCAAAAUGAGACUUUAAUAAAUGGAUUCGAACAGAUCUACAACAUCACCAACUUCAGGUCUGAAGACAGUGGACAUUACCACUGUGAGGCCUGGAAUAAAAUGGCAUCUAAGAACUCUACAGAUCUGAUUAUUAUAACAGUGAAACAAACCUCACUUAUGACUGCAGCUGUAAGAAUCAUAGUUGUUGUUCUGGUUCUCAUCCUCUGUCUCUCUGGCUUCAUGUGGUUCAGGAAGAAGGCCUCCAAACCCAUCUCUGACACAAGGGACACAGUAGACAAUAGACAGGGAAACUCUAGUCCCAUGAAUGACAACAUAUCGGGCAUGGCCAUGACCCCUACUUCAGUACAGAGAGCAGACACAGACAACCAGGAUGACGUUCACUACACCAGCAUCCACUUCUCUGGCUCCAAUAACCAGGAAGUGCCUCUGUACUCCACUGUCCAACUGCCUCAAACCCAGAAAGAGGAUGAGGAUGUCCAAUACGCUGUUGUAAAAUUCAACCUCUCCAGUGCUGCCCCCCCGACCUCUCUCACAGGAAGCUGAGGAGGACUCCUCUGUGUUAUAUAGAACAGUCAACGAACCCAGAACUAAGAAGACCUGAACACAAGAUGAUCUUUGUUGCAUCCCAAAUGGUACUUUGUUCACUCUAGUGCACUAUGUAGGGAAUAGGGUGCCAUUUUGGAUGCAAGCCUGAACACCAGGCGACCUGAACAUAAGAUGACUCUGCCUGGGAUUCAAGCAAAUUAUGGACAAGCAUCCUGCACUUUCAUUUUACAGUUAAUUUAAACCAACAUCCGCAGCAUUUAGCGCAAGUGUGAUCUCUGCAAACGUCAGGAAAAUUGUCUUUAAAAGCCUUAUUAUCGGCAGAAGACUAUCAACAAGCAUUUCACUACACCAACACACCCGCAAUAACAAUGCAAAAUAUGUGUGACCAAUAAACUUUGAUUUGAUUUCAUA